ACGCAAUACGACUGUGUGCACAAAGCGUACCUUUCUUGAUCUCACAAGCACACAGCCCCCUCUUCCCAGAUUCUCUCGUACCUCCUCCUGCUCUCAUUUUUCGCACUGGACGGAUUCGGCUGCCGAUUCCCAUUUCAUAUCUCCACCCACUCCCGCAUCUAAAAUCACACUUUCAUUUCUUCAUAAUCACCUUCAUAUCUCUUCCAUAAUUAACUCAACCAUUUCUUCUUGUUUCUCCACAAAAAGGGUUUCUCCUUUUGUUGUUCUUGGACAACACCCAUCAUGAGCUUAUCAAUUCUUCAAGGGUUUAGCAAGUCCCUUGCGAUGACUGUGCUCUCUGAAAUCGGAGACAAGACAUUUUUCGCAGCUGCGAUUUUGGCGAUGCGUCACCCCAGGCGAUAUGUUUUGGCAGGCUGCCUUUCAGCUUUAAUCGUUAUGACUAUUCUGUCUGCUGCUGUUGGCUGGGCUGCUCCAAACCUGAUCUCGAGAACAUUGACUAAGCAUAUAGCUACUAUAUUGUUUUUGGGGUUCGGGCUAUGGUCUAUUUGGGAUGCAUUUCAUGGAGGGGAGUCAGAGGAAUUGGCUGAAGUCGAAGCGGAAUUGGAUGCUGAUUUAAAAGCUAGCAGUGGAGCAACUAGAGGGAAUGACAAGGUUGAUCAUGAUGCUAAAAAGAAGAAAAACAGGCCGUUCUUUGCUCAAUUCUUCUCACCCAUUUUUCUGAAGGCAUUCUCUAUUACUUUCUUUGGUGAGUGGGGUGACAAAAGCCAGCUAGCUACCAUUGGACUGGCUGCAGCUGAGAACCCGCUCGGUGUUGUCCUUGGAGGAAUUUUAGGGCAAGCUUUGUGUCAGACUGCUGCUGUCUUUGGAGGGAAGAGCUUGGCAACACAGAUAUCUGAAAAAUUCAUUGCACUAUCGGGUGGAAUUCUAUUCAUAGUGUUUGGAAUCCAGUCAUUCUUUUCAACGGUUGAGUGAUGAUGAUUCAGGGGAUAGUGGGAAUGAUGAUAGGAAAGGGGUUCUUGAAGAAUAGAGAGUAAGUUUGAUUGAUAAUUUGAAAGAAGCCGUUGAAAACAAGGCUACAUUUAUGGUGGUUGAUGAAUGUGUAUGGCUUCUGCCACCCCUUGAAGCUUUAUCUUGAUAUCACAUGUUCUGCAUCUUUAGACAAUGAAAUUGUGUGUUGCAAAACAGCUAAUUGGGUGAUUCUAAAUGAAACCCUUCUCUACAUGUUAUUUGAACCUCUUUUGCGUACAUUAACAUCAAAUUAAUCUUUUUACAUUUUCAA